GUGUCCUCAGGUCUGAAUAAACCUGGCAGCCUCAGUACCAAGAUUAGUGGGGAGGAUGACGGGCGUAGUCCCAACUCCUCCCUCUUCCAGUGCCAACAGCAGGAAUAGAUCUCACUCGUUAACAUUUCCACGCCACGGUGCACCACCCCACCUUACAUCCCCCGCUCCACCACCACCUGCUCCUAGCAGUCCACAGAACUCACGUGCAAGAACAGACAAUGCGCGGCGCUCAAGUGCAAGUGCCGCGCUUAAUAGUGACCAAUUUGUGAUAGAUCACCUGGGCACGAUGGGCCUAGGUCGGCAUCAGUCAUCUUUGUUUAGUGUGAAGGAGGGAGGGGAGUCUGCACUGCUACAGAGACUGGGAAAGGGAAUAAACCUGUCUGUGGAACGGUUUGUGACUGUCGGAGAAACUAUUGCUGAGAUAGAUAGACAAGAUAUGCUGGAUGCCUGCAGGGAAACAAGGCGAGCAGGAAAACUGAUUGAAAAGCUUGCUGAAAAUUUGGCUGUGCAGAGUGGAGGUGGAGGAGGUAAUCUCGCAAAUACAAUAUUAGAGGACGAGGUAAUGGCUGAGCAUAACGAGGACACUAGCUUGCUGUCAGCCUGCAGGAACCUCAUGACCUCAAUAACUAAGGUUCUCCUUUUGGCUGAUAGUGUGGUAGUGAAGCAACUCCUUCUAGAUAAUGAUUCACAUACUACAAGUCAAGUUGCCAUCCAGCACAUGAACAAUUUCUCCGAGUUUGUUAAGGCUUUCUGUGAUUUUGGACAAGAAAUGGUUGAUCUGAUAGCUACCACUAGAUGGUCUUCUAAUCAGGCUCGAUCUUCAAGAGAGAGAGCUCAAAUAGAAUGCGCAAGACAGGUAUUAGAUAGAUCUACUGUUCUCCUUUUAACCUCUACGCAGUGUUGCUUACGUCAUCAAAACUCCGUCACAGCGAGAGAGAACAGAGACACAGUGUUUUGUCAGAUGAGACGGGCAAUAGAUCUUAUCCACUUCGUUAUCAGGGAAGGCGUGUCCCCCCAACUAUCAGAAGAUCUAGAACUCAAUGAAAUCCCAGGAACUAUCUAUACAUCAAACCAACAGGAGGAUGGAAGUAUUGGAGUGCAAGCAAGUGUACUGGGAUCUCUACGACAAUUCGAACACUCCGUGGACCUAAUACGACUGUCUGUUGUCAGUCCUAGCUACUGUGAUCAGAUAAGCUGUCUUCUCGAUUCAAUUGUGGAAAGGACACAGGAUUUUACGGAUUCUGCGUACACGACACAUGAUCAUCGGCAGCAAAUUAUUCUACUAAGGUACAGAUGUAAACUAGAGUUGGAUAAUCUGCUUCGUCUUCCAGGUGUUAGCUCACAUAUACUUUCAGAACAGGAGUCAAGAUUGCACGAGGAAAGGAGUGGAGACACAGGCUUGUUAGCAAUGAGUCGAACCCUUCUCCAUACAAUAGCGGAGCUAAGAGCUGAACUAAUCCAGACUGCUGUGGAACACACCAAGUUUUUAUCUGACCAUUCGAGACGAGGAGCAGAUAUUCUUCAUGCAGUUAGAACAGCUGGUUUCUCCUCAGAUCCUGAUAGAUUGCAGGUUGAAUGUGAUCUGUUUGCUGAACACAUAGAUUAUGUGGAAGAUGUGUGUAAACUGAUCAGUCAUGUGUCAACAAGAGAAUGUGAUAGAGUUAAAGCAAAACAUUCACAGGUUAACUUGCAUAUCUACGGACCACAGGUUAUUGUUGCUUCAAAUACCUUCUGUGCUGAGCCUACCUCCAAAAUUGCCAAAGAAACUUUUGAAAACUUUUGUGAAAUGUGGCGCUUCCUAGUAAGUGAUGUUGUUCAAGUGGCCAAAGACAUAUUAGAAAGCUUUAAAAGUUACCCACCCUCAAAGGGAGGCGUAAAUUCCAUACAAAAUUUGUCUGCACAAAAUUCAGAACAGUUUUUUCCAAACCAUGUGAAUCACUUUACCAUGGGACCAAUGAUACAGCAUGGAUAUAGAUCAAGGACAAAUCACUGUGAUGGAUCCAUGUAUUCUCCUGAUAUCAACUCUCAACAGCAUAGGAUAAACAAUAUGCCGAUGCGUUCGCAUCCCCACUAUCCGAUGCAUGACCGGGGGCCACCUGAUGGGGUUCCUUACCGGAACGAGACUGUCUGGGGCGGUGAAGGUUAUGGACAGUACCGACAAGGUGGGUAUGUACCAGAUAAUGGAAUACGGUCUGGUAUGGCGACCGCCCAUGAAAUCCUAGAUACUUUCAAGGAGGUUGGUGAUGAUAAUGAAAUUUUGAAACAUGCACGAGGCAUGUUAGCAAGCGCCCAAUCAAUGCAAAGUUUUACCCGAGGGGAAGGGAAAAUUAAAACCACCCAGGACUUUUUCACAAAGGCAGAAUCAUUAUCAGAGUUCUCUAAUAAGCUGUAUAAAUUAGUUCGCAUGUUUUCUUACACCGUGCCAACCGGCGAGGACAAGCGAAUACUGAUGCAAGCUGCUGACCAUAUUCCUCGCCACUGUGGGCAGAUGCAACUCCUUAUUCAACUCCCAGGAGUUGGUAAAGAGUCUACAUUUAGAAAAGUAGAUAGCAUAAUAAAAGAAAACAAUCAAAUCAUGUACCUAACAGCAAAAGUAGUUCAGUUAUGUUUUAUGAAUGCCAAAAAAUAUGAAUUGGAUUUUAGAGGUAUUACGCUCUCCAACAGCUCUGGAGACGGGACAGAUGCAAGCUCAACCUUCGGUGCUUCCUCAGGAGGAGCCGGAGGAUCAUCAAGCCAUCUGGAUUCCGGAAUCGGGUUCGGGUCAAGCAGACGCGGAGGACCCCCAGCAGCUGGCGCAGGGGGAAAUAAGAGAACAAGAGUGUCCUUCCUUCUUUACUAACAUCUUUUUGAUGAAGAAUUUUCAUACAGGAGUGUUUCCAGUUUAUAAUAUUAAUUCUAUUUUCCCCACUAAAUUUCCUAGUAUUUCUAGGAAGACAGCUCAACCGGCAGACAAUAGGGAUAACUUUCAAUUUGACUCCCCGGGGAGCAUAGAAUCUAGUAGAGAAUCAGAUAUUGGUUUGGAUGAAAAUAUUCUAAUUGAAUUAGGAAUUUCUAUGCCUACGCAAAAGACUGGUCCACCCAAGGCUGUUUAUUACACAAAAGAAUUAGGCGUCUACCGUCAAUGUUUCCAACCAGCGUUUGAUUAUCCGAAGACCUGUUCUCAGUUUUUGGGUUGUAAAGCCCGGGACUUUCUGCUUGUACUAGCUGGUCUUAUAAAUAUACUCUUGCUACAGUUUGCGUUGGUUAUUAUCAUGCAUGCUGUUAAUGAAGAUUCGAAGAACUUGGGAGCCUAGAAAAGCCGUCAUCGGACAUUUAAAAUUCAAUUUCUUUCUGCUUUGUUUUCUAGCAUUAGAAAAAACAACGGGUUUAUAAUGUUAAAAAAAUACUUUUCUCAAACAGGAACUUUUACUUCCUAACACUGAAAGAAAAUCCUUAAACCCUGCUUUUUCUUCUUAAAUACAACAACUGGAAAAAUGAAGAAAGUUUUUGUGCUGGAAAUAUUUGGAGUAUUUGAUUUGUAGAUUUCUUCCUAGUAAAUAUACAGGGUAAAUCAUUUGGAGUAGAGUUGUAACUGGUUAAUCAAUUUUACAAACGAUAAAAAAACUAUAACUUUUUUUUUGAUUUAUCAGAAUAACGAUACCAUCGUCAACAAAGGGUUGUUGUUAUGAGUCGUUAACGAU